AUGGCCGCCACUCGCUCCGUCGACCUCGCCCCCGUCCCCGGCUUCUGCGUCAAGUCGACCGCGUCGAAAGAGGUCUCGCUCGCCGUCGCCGUCGCGCCCGGUGCGCUCACACAACCGCUGAGGAUCCCGGCGGGGCUGAAGGUGUUCGUGAACGUGGGAUGGGACGCGAACGUGCCGGGGCCGACGGAGGAGACGGUGGACGGGAUAGAACGCGCGGUGUCGUCCAACGCCGCAAUUUCGCCCGCCAGCGCCGCGUCGUGGUUUGUCCCGCUCGUCAUCUCCGACCCCCGCCCGGACACCGACAAGGCCGGAAAACCUUCGGUCGUGCUGGACGCGAUCUUCAACAGCUCGCUGAAGUCGCGCGCGCUCCGCUCGCCCGAGCUCAAGACGUAUCUCAUCGAGCUCGCGUUCGAGCAGAUCGAGGCGCAGCACGGACUCCUGCUCUCGCGCCAGAUCGGGACCCCGAACAUCGCGUCCAAGGGCAAGCUCUGGCCACGUGCCGCCCUCGUCCCCACCGCGCCGGGCGCGCUGGUCGAAGAGCUGCCUCCGCCGACGGUGCCAGCUCUCGAGUGGGCGACGACGGCCGAGGGAGGAGUGUCGAUUGCCCUGUCCGUGCCCCACCUCACCCGCGCCGCGAUCCCGGCCACGACCGUCGACCUCGAGCCCCGCCGCCUCCUCUUCGCCACCCCCGCCCUCCCCGGCUCCCCCGCCCCCGCCGGCUACGCCCUCGACCUCGACCUCGACUUGCCCGACCCCGACCUGCUCGCCCGAUUCCCUGCCAGUGGGCAGCAGGCCCUCGCCCUCAAGCACCAGCGUCCCUUCGCCGUCGACGCCGCCCGCGCAGAGUGGCGCGUCGCCGACCGCACCUUUGUCCUCUACGCAUGA